AUGCUGCAGGAGCUUGUGGGUGUGCUGCCUGCUGAGACCGCUCGGUCGCAGCUGACGAUAAUUGCUGCUGCUGUUGCUGCUGCUGUAGAUGAACGCCUCACCGCUGCUGCUGUUUUAACUUUCGCAGGCACUGCAGCAGCAGCAGCAGCAGCAGCAGCAGCAACACCAGCAGCAACAGGAGCAGCAGCAGCAGCAGGUAGCGCUGAAUCGGGUUUGAUUGACGCUCGCAUGCACGUUGCAGCAGCUGUCUUAGAUUUGCUGCAGCAGCAGCAGCUGCUGGGGUCCUUUAUGCUGCAGUGCAGAGCAGCAGCAGCAGCAGCAGCAACAGCAACAGCAGCAGCAGCAGCUGCUGCUGCUGCUGGUGGAACAGAGGAAGACCCUGAGGAGGCUGAGGAGGAGGCCGAGCAGCAGCAGCAAACGAAGCAGCAGCAGCAGCAGCAGCAGCAACUGCUGCAGCAGCAGCAAUCACAGAUAUCUGCACUGGUGGUAUCCCGCUGCAGUCGCUUUGCUGCUCUCGAGAGGCAGCAGCAGCAACAGCAGCAGCAGCAGCAACAGCAGCAGCAGCAGGAGCAGCAGCAGCAGCAGCGCAGUGGCUUGGCAGCAUCUGGUGCUGCUGCAGCACCAGCAGCAGCAGCAGGAGCUCAUCUACAGAUGCAGCAGCAGCAGCAGCAGCAGCAUGGUGUUAGCUGUCUCCCUAUUCCUUCCUUUGAGGCUCUGCAGCAGCUGCUUGCUGUUGUGCUGCAGCAGGAGCAGCAGCAGCAGCAAACAGCAGCACUGGACAUCUGCUGCUUCUCUCUCCCUUCGGAUAGGUAA